CGCACAGGGCGCCGCGCGCAGUCCAGCCGGCCCUGCCCUGCCCUGCCCCGCGCGGGCGGCGCGAUGUGAAGCGCCCGAGGGCCCGAGUCCCCCAGCUCCGCGCAGCGCCGGCGCCAGCAGGCGCUACGAACAUUUUGUGCUGACUGAAGGUGAGGACGGCCACUCAACUCCCCUCAGCGUCUCCAUCGCCCGGCACACAGUAGCUCUCCUGCAGAGGCCGGGCCCCAGGACACAAUGGCAGCCAAGCAGCCCCCGCCUCUCAUGAAGAAGCACAGCCAGACGGACCUCGUGAGCCGCCUGAAGACCCGCAAGAUCCUCGGCGUGGGCGGGGAGGACGAUGAUGGGGAGGUCCACCGCUCCAAGAUCAGCCAGGUCUUAGGCAAUGAUAUCAAGUUUGCUGUUCGAGAGCCUUUGGGGCUCAGAGUCUGGCAGUUUGUCUCUGCUGUUCUCUUCUCCGGCAUUGCCAUCAUGGCCCUUGCCUUUCCAGACCAGCUCUACGAUGCGGUCUUCGACGGAGCGCAGGUGACCAGCAAGACCCCCAUCCGCCUCUAUGGCGGUGCCCUCCUCAGCAUCUCCCUGAUCAUGUGGAAUGCUCUCUACACGGCUGAGAAGGUCAUCAUCCGAUGGACUCUGCUCACUGAAGCCUGCUAUUUCUCGGUCCAGUUCCUGGUGGUCACGGCCACGCUAGCCGAGACGGGCCUCGUGUCUCAGGGGAUCCUGCUGCUGCUGGCCAGCCGCCUCCUUUUUGUCGCCAUCAGCGUUUACUACUAUUACCAAGUCGGCCGAAAACCCAAGAAGGUGUAGCCACCCGCAGGGCCAGGGGCCCCUCUGGGGCAGGGAGGCCCUGGGACCGCCCUCGGGUCCCCUUUGGUUCUGGAAGGCAGGAAGCACCCUGCCCUGGGCAGGCAGGGCGGGCGCCUUCCCCUUCCUCCCCGGAUGCUGUGAUCUCUCGGGCCUUCAGAGCUGGGGAGGGAACGGGGCCCCUGUACCCCGUCCUGCCCCCUGCACGGUGAUGCCGCCUUCUCGUGAGCCUCCCAGCCUCUGGAUCCCCCUGGAGAGAUGCUCACGGGAGAGCUUGAGUCACGGGCAUCCAGCCGGGCCAGGCCCCUUCCCCUGUCACGAGACCCUUCUUUCUUGAGAGGCUGUGGACCGCCUCCCUGUCCGUCCCCUGCACCUCCCGGCCAACGCUGCCCAAGCUGCCAAACUUGGCUCCCUCCCCUGCCUGGAAGACCCGAGACCUCGACCCUGGGCCCCUUCCCUUCCAUGCAGGCCCCCUCCGCACACAGGGGCCCCUGUGCCCCCUAAACGCCCAGCACAGCUGUGGGCUGGCAGGGAGCCGGGUGGGGGGCCACCUUUGAGCCAGCACCUCCCUUUCCGCCUCCCGGGGGCAGCAGGGCCCUGUCCUCAGCCCCGGGCUCACUCUUGGCUUCUCUGCCUUGGCCCCAGCUUGUGGAGGCCCCCUAGAUGCCCCCUUCCUCUUGGCCCCAGGCCGGCCCUGACAGAUGGACCCCCGGGUAACCCUGGAUGAAGGCCACCUGUCAGUGAUGGGGCUUGAGGUCAGGCAGAGAGAAGAGCAUUCCUCCUCACUUGGGCGUGUCCUCCGGGGUUUGCUGCACAUCCAGCCCAGCCCCCUUGGCCACCUUCCCCCCUUCCCCAGGGUGCUGCCCUUUGGCCUUCUGUCCUGGGUUUGCCACGAGGCCCGGCUGUGGGUGUGACUGGGUACCCUUCAAAGCUCAGCAGGGCAAAAAAAAAAAAGAAACAGUUCAGCAGGCCUCCUCCACUCACACCCGUUUCCCCCACUGCCCCGAAGGGGCUGAGACCCCUGCAGGCCCAGCACCCUUGUGCUGCCCAGCCCCCACCGGGAGUCCCUCCUUCGCUCUGUCACGCCGGGACUGGCGGCCCCCGUGUCCUGGGGACGGGUGUGCAGGGAAGCAGGCCGGGCCCAGACUUGCCUCCUGUCUCAGCACCGUGUUGAAGGGGCGGGCUGGGUGGUCCUGAGGUGUAGCCCAGCUCUAGCUGCUGCCACGUGGGGGUCCCCCACCCCGCCCUUGGGCCUCACUGCCCUCCCCCACGCCCACAGCUGUCCAUGCGGCCACAAAGCCGGCGCCAUGGCCUUUGCCCAGUGAUGCCACUGCUGUUAACGGAAGCCCACUCGGCGGGUCGGGAGCCCAAGGCUGCUGGCUGCGGCUGAGGGCAGGGGAAGCAGGACCCUGAGGACGGGCCAUUCCCACGGGGCCUCCGUCUCUUGGGCUGAGGUUCUGGUCUCCCUGUAGAAUCGUGUCCACCCCGCCGCACCCCUCCACCGAGUCCCAGGCAGGCCCGGAGCCAGUGCGGCCUUUGGAAGGAGGUGUUGGUGGCGGGCGGGCCGUGCCCCCCCCCCCCGCCCCCGCCGGCCCCGCUGUGUUGAAGCUGACGCAUGCUUUUCGAGGCCUGGCUACUGCGCCAGCAAGUGAUGGACAGUUUGUCCUAAGAACCAACUGCUGAGCAGGGGAGGGAGGCUGGCAGGGAAGGGGGAAGCGUGGGCGCCGGAGCAGGGCCCCGGGCCGGGCCAGCCAAGCUGGGGAGGGUGGCACGGCCUUGGCUCCUGAGAGGGUGAACAAGGGCCCGCAGGGACGGCGCUGUCCCUCCUGAAGGCUCGAGAAGAUCCAGCGUGUCCCCGCCCGGUUCACUCCCACCAAGCUCCUGCCUCAGCCCCAGCCUCCUCCACCCCCACCCCCAAUCAAGACCACCGUUCCUCACGGUCACUAUUUAUUCUUCGUUCCUUUUUCUUUUUGUAAGAAACAGUCACAAAAACCAGUGCAAAACCGUCA